UAGCUGUCAAACCUCAAACUUCCUUUUCCUUGUGGCAUGGUGUCGGCGUAAGUUGCCGAAUAAGCAACCACAAUGCCGCAGAACGAAUACAUUGAGCGUCAUCAAAAGCUUUACGGUAGGAGACUCGACUAUGAGGAGAGGAAACGAAAGAAGGAAGCUCGCGAGCCUCAUAAGAGAGCCGAGAAGGCGCAGAAACUCCGCGGCAUCAAGGCGAAGAUCUUCAACAAGGAGCGCCGCAAUGAAAAGAUUCAGAUGAAGAAGAAGAUCAAAGCACAUGAGGAGAGGAAUGUCAAACAGAACACAGAAAAGGUUGCUGAGGGUGCAGUACCCGUGUACCUUCUUGACAGAGAUGUACAGUCACGCGCUAAAGUUCUGUCUAACAUGAUCAAACAGAAACGCAAGGAGAAAGCUGGCAAAUGGGAUGUACCAAUACCUAAAGUAAAGGCACAAGCAGACGCAGAAGUAUUCAAAGUGCUUAAAUCCGGCAAAUCAAAGAGGAAAGCGUGGAAACGCAUGGUAACAAAAGUCACAUUUGUUGGAGAAAACUUUACACGAAAACCACCAAAGUUUGAGAGAUUCAUACGACCGAUGGCUCUGAGAUUUAAGAAGGCACAUGUAACACAUCCGGAAUUGAAGGCUACGUUUUGUUUACCCAUCAUUGGGGUGAAAAAGAACCCUAGUUCUCAGAUGUACACAAGUCUUGGGGUUAUUACUAAGGGUACUGUGAUAGAAGUUAACAUUUCAGAGCUUGGUCUGGUGACGCAAGCAGGGAAAGUGGUCUGGGGGAAGUACGCUCAGGUCACGAAUAACCCUGAGAAUGAUGGAUGCAUUAAUGCUGUUUUAUUGGUUUAAAUUAUUAUUACAAAUGUCAAUGUACCUUACCUACAUAAUGUUUCCUCUCAAUAAAAUCUACCGUGAAGCUUUUAAA